AUGGGGAUUUUGGUUAAGGAGUUUCCUUGGGUCAAAGGAAUUAACUUUGAUCUUCCUCAUGUUGUUGAAGUUGCGCAAGCCAUGGAAAGUGUUGAGAAUGUAGGAGGAGAUAUGUUUGAUUCCAUUCCUGCAUGCGACGCUGUUUUUAUCAAGUGGGUGUUACACGAUUGGGGAGACGAAGAAUGCAUAAAAAUAUUGAAGAACUGUAAAGAAGUGCUCCCACCAAAGAUUGGAAAAGUGUUAAUAGUGGAAUCCAUAGUCGGAGAAAAGAAAAACACAAUGAUAAUGAAAGAUAAAGAUGAUAAAUUAGAAUAUGUGAGAUUGGCGCUUGAUAUGGUGAUGAUGGUGCACACAAGUACAGGCAAAGAAAGGACUUUGAAAGAAUGGGACUUUGUUAUUAAAGAAGCUGGCUUUGCUCGAUAUGAGGUUAGGGAUAUCGAUGAUGUUCAGAGUGUUAUCAUUGCGUAUCGCUCGUAG